ACGGCGCUCAGCUCCCGCCCACGUGUGGCAUGUAAACAGACAGGUGGCAGCGGCCAUGCCAGCAAAGCACAUGUAGACACGUUUGGCGGUUUGUUGUCUUUAGUGCUUCGUCGGCCAUGUUUUAGUCGGACAUCACAGUCAACUUUGCUCCCCAAAUAAGGUGAUGCCUCAGCUGACGGCCGCCACCGCACUCCAACUGGCGCUGCUGCUGUCCGCCUUGCCGGCCCAAUACUUCAUCUCCCGCUGGAGCGGCUACUCGGCGGCGCAGCGCCUCCACGCGUCCACACGGUUUCUUAGGGUGUGGAAAGAGUGGAGCAGGUCUUACCUCAAUGGUAGCGCGUGGACAGAGUGGACAGUUCAGCAGAUGUCCAAAGUAUGGUCUUUCCUUGGUCUCAAUACUGAGGAUGACGUGACUCAGAAGGUGGUUGACAUGGAGACCCUGAUGAUCGACAACAACCAAGGAUUUUUUGGAGCCUCCAAGGCGGUGCGCAGUCCACGGCCGCCUUUUGUCUUCCUGCGGGUGGGUGAGGUGGUGAUGGAGAGGAAGAGCCACCAUGUGGGGGUGGUGGUCAGCUGGGACCCUGAGAUGCGUGCCCCCGCCGAGUGGGUGAUCAAGGUGUACAGCAACAUGGAGGGUCGUGCAGCAGAGAAGACGCCACACUACAAGGUUCUGUUCGGUGGGCCCAGGUCAUCCUCUCUGUUUGUGGCCUACUUGCCCCAGACACAACUCAAGCGCUUGAGGGGAACGCAGCCGGAAAUUCCCACCUUGGAGAGGUAUUUUACGCAUUUUGACGGCGAGCGCUUCGUCCCAUUGCCCUGGCUCAGAAAGAUCUUCCCCGAUGAUGAGAUAAUGGACGCCUGAGCGAACGUGUCACGGAAAGGAUGACUGUCCUCUAAGCACCAGCAAAUUUGAAUGUAUUUUACUUGUAGUACUGGGAAUAAGCGGUAGAAAAUGGAUGGAUGGAUGGACUGUGUAACAGCACUGAGUCACAACUACUCAUUAUUAGCAAUACCUCUAAGGGUGAACACAACCAGUUUCUCCCCAUUGGAAUGAAUAUACGGUACAGGCCAAAAGUUUGGACACACCUUCUCAUUCAAUGCAUUUUCUUUAUUUUCAUGAUUAUUUACAUUGUAGAUUGUCACUGAAGGCAUCAAAACUAUGAAUGAACACAUGUGAAGUUAUGUAUUUAACAAAAAAAGGUGAAAUAACUGAAAACAUGUUCAUUGAGAGAAUGUUAAGAGUGCGCAAAAAAGUAAUCAGAGCAAAGGGUGGCUAUUUUGAAGAAACAUGUUUUCAGUUAUUUUACCUUUUUUUGUUAAGUACAUAACUCCACAUGUGUUUCUUCAUAAUUUUGAUGCCUUCAGUGACUAUCUACAAUGUAAAUAGUCAUGAAAAUGAAAACGCAUUGAAUGAGGAGAAGGUGUGUCCAAACUUUUGGCCUGUGCUGUAUAUAUUUUAUAAACCAAAGAAAAAGCAGCGUGAAUCCUCAAAUGCUUGCUUUGAGCUCUUAUGUUGCAACAAAUUAAAUUUUUACCUGAAGAUGUAAGUCAAUCCUAACUUCUCUUGCCAACAUCAAAGCAGACUAAAUGGGCCUUUACACAAAAAAAUGUCUUGCGUCCCCAGGGAACAAAAUGUCUAAAUAAAUGCACAUUCCAAUUAACUGUAAAAUAUGUUUUUCAACUUGGUUAAGUGUCCUGCACAUUGAUAUAUAUGCAUAUUUAAGCACAAUACAAUUUAGUAAACACUGGAAAACUAGCAUAUGUGUUGCCUACUUCCUAAAGUUAGACUUUACUAUGAAAUAUAAUUAUUUAAAUCCUUCAUAAAUGUGAUAUGUUUACACGUUUGUGUUAAUUAUCAUACCAUCUAUAAUUUUACAUUUAUUUUCUCAAAAAUAAUAUGUAUGACAUGUCAGUCAUGUCCCUAGGUUAUCACCUAUACCAUUUUUAGGAUAUUUAUGUCUUUAAAUAUUAUUUUUGGUGAAUCACUGUAAUGUGCUUAGUGUCAACAUGCUAUAAGCAUAAAUGCAAUGUGGCUAUAUUUCCUGUAUUUGCUAAAAAAACAAACACUCACUGUUACUUUCAGUUCUGUUACACAAAUGAGUCAUCUUUGCCCCAGCACUCUUGUACAGUAGUACCUUGAUCUAAUCUGACCUCAACACACUUGCAUCUCAAAUCAACGCCUCCCAUUGAAAUGAUUUAAAAUCAAUUUAAUUGAUUAUUGAUCUUCCAAACAACUCAAUUUUAACAUGUAACUUGCCCUUUGAAAAUAAAAACAAACUUUGAGAUACUAUUGUAUACAUCAAUACAAUAGAAUGUAGUACCAACAACUACAGUAUUUUUUUCAAGUAAUAUAACAAUGUACAGUGAACUGCUACGAUAUCUGCUUGCAGCUUCUCCAUAUUUUAUGGAUAACAUAUUUUAACAUCCCUGACUGGUAUUAGAUUAUUUCUGCUUAAGUAUGUUGCAAAUUAGCACUUUCUUCCGUGCCAUGGUUGGAAAAACAAAGUUUUUUCCAGCUCUAGCUAAUGCUACCCAAAAAGUGUAGCUAAUUUUAGGCAAAUCUUUGUGGCUUCUGCAAAGCUAACUAAUGGCGGGGAUGCUUAUAAUUUUUGCUUGCAAUUUGAGAGAGAGAGAGGUAUUAUUGCCAAACACUCUUAAGUUGAGGUGCCACUGUCAAAUAUAAAAGUUCCCUGAGUUGGGCAGUGCAAGAUGUGUAUCAGAUUUAGUUAGAAAAUGACCAAAAUGUAAAUUAUUAUUUUAACAAGCAUUGGGUGGAAUUUCCCACAUGCAUGCAAUAGUUUACCCCAAAGAUGCUGCCUUUUGUUUGGUUUUAGAGAAAUAAUUGGUCAUUAUAAGAUUGCGCUGAAUCCACGCGUGACCCAAUACUUUUGCACAGUACUUUCUUGAAUAUUUUGAACCCCAAAUGUGCCAGGAACCAAAUAACAUUCAAAGUGGUUGAAUGCAUUAACUUUGACUGUAUUGUUUCUAAUAAAUGUUUUAAGUCUUACCU